GUUGGAGCUUUUUUCCGUCAGAGUGGACGGAGGAAUGCAGUCUAACUGGAUCUGCAGCUCCUUUUUUUCCCUCUGCUGUUUGUUUUCUUCAGAUAAACAAAGAUGGCGGACACACGUAGAGUGACAGAGCCGGGCAGAAAGAAAUGGGUUGUUCCACAGAGAAGUCCACCUGAUGAAAAUAAACCGAGUGUUCGUCCUCCUGAAAAAGAAGCCGAGAGAAGUCUGGCGGUUCCUUUCAGAGGUCACAUCACAGGAGGGAUGUCUCCGGGGAAGAAGGUUGUCAUGGUCGGGGUCGUAGACUCUCGUCCUGACAGGUUUUACUUCGCCCUGACGUGUGGUCGGGGAACAGGGGGCGAGCCUCCUGUGGACGUGGCUCUGGAGCUCUGUGUGAGGUUCAAGGACCGACAGAUCCUGCGGCAAGCCUGUGAGUCCGGAUCCUGGGGAGAAACCGAGAGAGCCGUGCCUUUCUUCCCCUUCAUCAGAGGACUGCCCUUCAAGAUUGAGAUUCACUGUGAACACAGUCGCUUUCGUGUGUUUGUGGACGGACAGAAGCUGUUUGACUUUCAGCACAGGUUGACGUCACUCAGAGACAUUGACACGUUGUGGAUCAAAGGUAGCGUCGCUAUCACUAAACUGGCCUGAAGGAAAACACUGCACUGCUGAACAUUUGAGAAGAUUUCAAACAGACUCUGUUGAGCUCAAACUGCCAUGACUCCCCUCAUCUGAACAUGUUCUGUAUUCACUGUGGACCUUUUUGUACAAAAUGUUGAAUAUGGGGAGACAAAAGUGUUAAAAAAAAGUGUUUUAUGAUCACACAUUAACAGACUGACUGAUCAAGGAAGUGUAAGAUCAGCAACUUCCAUGUUUUGAGAUGUACAAUUACAGUUUUCUCCUCCUCUGAACACACUCUGCAUUCACUCCUGACUUUUUUUGUACAAAAUAUUUAAUAUACAGAAAACAGUUGCCUCAAUUUUGGUGACAAAUAUGUUUUUGAUCUACUGAAACAGUUUGAAAACUGGCAUGUGUGACUGUGUGAAAACAAACACCCAGACAAAAAAAUGUGUUUCCAGAGCGUCUAUAAAAUCCUCUUUUGCUUUUGU